UGCUAUAGUUGUACCAUGCAGAGCGGUCGGUUGAGUUAGGAUCGCUUGUGCAAGUUGAUCUGCCGCGGUGGUAUAUACGAGGAAGUGUAAAUAGACCGUUAUGGAUUCCCUACUCAUUGUUAUUCUUGCAAUCGGACUAUUCCAGAGAGAAGCGAUAUGCUAUCCCACAAGAGAUGAGACCGAUGAUAAGAUUGUAGUCCUUCAAAAUGAACAGAUGGACCCAACAAUUUUGGACUGUGAUUAUAAUGUCGAGGAGAACCCAAAGUUUAUUAUCGUAAAAUGGUACAGAAAUGAAAAGUCUAUAUAUCAGUGGAUCUUUGGAAGCCCUCCACGUGCGAUCCCGGAGUAUAAGAACGAAAUAGACAGCACCUAUGAGGGCUCUUCCGAACCGAGUAAGCAGUACAGCUCAUUGGCACUUAUAAAUCCUACGAUAGACACCACUGGAGACUACAAGUGCGUGGUUCAGACCCCCUUGAACACGACCACUAAUCACCAGCGGAUUCAGGUCAUAGAUGUGAGAAACUACACCUUGGAGCUGUCCCACAAAACGAUCCAUAAUGAAACGCAGCUGAACUGCACCGUGACGAAUGUUUAUCCCAGACCAACUAUCACGAUCGUAUCAAACGAUCAGGACGUUGUGAAGAGGGAGCCCAUGGUAUUUGAGAACGAGGAGGGAUACUUUGACGGCAGCGCAGUUGUAGCGGCCUAUGACACCGAUGAUGACCCAGACGCCUACCAGUGCUUUGUAUCCUUCGAUGGGUACGCCCAGAAUCUGACCACUCGAACCACAUCUGCAUCGGCGGGAAGCAGCCACGUCGACUUCAACCCCUGGCUGUUUUGUUUUCUAUACUACUUACUCUCCAAGCUGAAGGCCUUAAUUUAAAUAAAAACGUUGUUAUUUAUUGUUACUAAAAUUAUGUUUAUUGAAUUCUGUUUGCCAUCCAACUAUCUCUUCUAUGCCCCUUCGGCUAGUUAUCCAUUUUGUAAAUAAAUACGAAUACUUUACAAGACCAA